GCCCGUCUCCUGUCUCCAUCUCCAUCUCAAUCCCAAUUCUACCUAAUCCCCCAUCACCUUCUUCGUCGCUUUCCCCUUUACUACCAGCGGACCCGGUGUCUCCUCCACCCACCAUGUAAUCUUUUCGAACGAAGUGACACACUAGAAGCCCUCUCAAUCAUGUCCGGCGAGAGGGAAUCAACACCUAUCCAAUAACGACACGAUGCAGUCAUCCGCCAUCACAGGAGCCCAACGGCCUUCGCAGUCUCAGCGUCGACAACAAGAUUUCCCCGACGCAAUGUAUUCCCAGGCUCAACCUUCGGCCAUGAAUCCUACAACAAGCUCCGCCUCUCAAACGAGGUCGUCUUCGGGUUCUGGCCGCUCGCAGAGGAGCGCCAAUCCCGACAAGCAAAUAUCGCAAAUAGAGAAGAGCGUCACUCAUCUACUCGUCGCCACGAAACAAUUACUAGAAACUUUGACACAGUGGUCGCGCGGACAGGCGCAGGAAGAGGAGGUGUCGGAUGUCUAUGUUCGGCUGGGAUACGAGUUCAAUUUGGCAUGCCGCGCCUUCAAUUCAAUAGGCGUCGAAACCUCCGACCUCGGGCCUGUUCCUGAUCUCUUGCGAAACAUCCUCGAAGACACUCUGAGCCAACCCGCGUCACCCCAGGCUCUUGAUAACUACUUGCCUCGCAUCCGCGACAUCAUUAUAAAUCUCCUACAUGGCCUCAAGAGGAAGCAGAGCCGACUACGCGGUCGAACCACGAAGGAAGCCUCUGCGACAACGCAAUCGAGACCGCCUACUACUCCAGCAAGACAGCCUAGCAUUUCGACAACAGGAAGCAAUGAGACUGGGCUCACGAAUAUUCUUGACGAUAUACCCAGUGCCUCUGGAAGCAUGCGUGCUCAGUCGCCUCAAAAUAACGCAACAACCGACCAGCCAUGGAUUGCUGCAAACACUUCGGCCGUGCAACAGCCAGGCCGAUCGUCUAUAAAUAGACACUCCAUGCGAAAGGAUGUCGCCCCCCAACUACCUCAAUCUGAUUCCGGCUCGACUAUAUCUUCGGGUACCCCGCAAAACCCUCCUAACCUACCUGUUUAUCAGGACGUUGACCGGUCUCCUUCGGUUCCUCAGAUCAAUUUUCCGCAUCCUCCUCCGCCCCCGCCGAAGCAAGCAGAUGCCCUCACUAGAUUACAGCGUGGCGGAGAUCUGGAGAGACGGGCCUCAAGAAGGUUUUCGGCCUACCAAAUUCAGAAGCAUUUGGGUGCUUCUCCUAAUGGUGUCCCGGUCAUUCCCGCCGCUCAAAAUUCCCCUAUUCCGAACAGGGGAAAGGAAGUGCGCGAAUCCCUGACUGCCGUCCGAUCAAGAAGUUCCUACCAACAGUCAAGAGCAAAGUCUCUUCGUCAAGGAGAUGUUUCGCCCAGCAGGAGCGGUACUGUCAAGGCGCCUCAACGCAUUUCGGAGGAGAGAGAGGAGACCCCGGUCCUAACUCUGCAGGAAGUGCCGCCAAUGAAACAACCCGAAGAGUCUCUCAAUUUUGAUAGUCCAACGGUGAAAACCCCGGAUGAGUAUCUUCCGGUCCCGAAAUCCGAUUCUGGCAGCGGAGAUAAUUUGCUGAUGGGAGCAACUGUCAACGGCCCUCUCAGUCCGCCACCCGAGGAGUUGCAAGCAACAAUAUCACUCGACUCGCAAGUGGCGCUUCCGCUUCCCGAGCACAAAGGGUACGUAGAUACAGAACAAGUCAAGACGCCCGAGACAGUUCAACGAAGACUACCUGAGAACUACACGCCGCCACGAUCGCAAGUUCCCGCGUCUGAUUCAUCACCUCAACAAGGCAAGGAGUUGACUCUUUUCUUGCAGUAUAGAAGCAAAAUUAAGAAAUUUGUGCUCGCAGACGGCUACGACGAACUCACUAUUGCUAGGUUGCAACUUGCGUUCAUUGAGAAGUUCGCGUGGAACACUCAGCAUAACGGAGUGGACCUCCCCGAGAUCUAUGUCCAAGAUCCUGUCUCCGGCGUUAGGCAUGAGUUGGAAGACUUGUCGGACGUCAAGGACCGAAGCGUACUUGUGCUGAAUGUUGAAGCGCUAGAUGAAGUCAAAAAGCAUAUCGAUGAAGGCAUGGGCGGGCUUCAGAGAACUCUGGACGGUGUCCGAUCAUUGCUCGAAGGCCAGAGUACAAUGAUGCAGCGGUUUGCGGAUCGACAGCUCGAAACCUCCAAGGAGAUGGCAAGAAUGUCUGCCAUACCUGCGCAGCACCCAGCGCGGACUCCGACAUUGGUUUCUGGUAACUUCACGGCUCCGCCGUCUUCCGAGUCCUCUCUGCAAGAAAUACAGGGCCUUCGUCGAGAGAUCGCAGUAUUACGCCAGACGUAUUCGACGAUGUCUUCAGACUUUACUGCAGCCAUGAGCGACAUUAAAGCCAAGGCGGCAAAAGUCAAGGCGGUUGCUGCAGAGACUGCCAAUGCCACAUAUAAAGGAGACGCUGGUCGGGCCCAUAUCAAUGAAGGUAAAAAACAACUGUCUGACGACUCCGAGGCUCUUGUCAACCGCGUCGACGAUCUGUCAGAUAUUGUCGAAGAGUUGCGCAAGGACGUCGUCACCAGAGGAGUCAGGCCACUUCCUCGACAACUGGAGGAUAUCAGCAAGGAGAUCAGUGCAGCCGCGAAACAACUCAGCAAAGUCAAAGACUUUGUCAAGCGCGAGAAGCCUAUCUGGACCAAGAUAUGGGAGCAAGAACUACAAGUCGUCAUGACAGAAAGAGAUGAUUUGACUCAGCAGGAUGAGUUGAUGAAUGACCUCGACGGGGACCUUGAGGAUAUUACAAGUGUCUUCAAGCUCGUGGAGGAAGCUACAAAGCAGCAGAACCUGCAGAACGCGAGCAGUGGUCGCCAGCCUUCUAGAAACCUUGCCUUUGACACGGAUGUGGACCCCCACGAGGCCAAAAGUGGUAUGCUGGAUGAAGUUCGGGCUUUGCAGCCGAAUCACGAAAGCCGCCUUGAAGCAAUAGAGCGAGCAGAGAAAGUUCGACAGCGCGAGUUGGAAAGUCGCAAGGUUGGCGAGUUCCAACGCGAGGUCGAAAAGUUUGUUGAAGAAGGGAAGUUGAAGAAGACGGGCGGCAUGGAUGAGGUGGAACGUCGCAGGAAACUAAAAGACGAGCAGGCGAGGAAGGAGAACUGGGAGCGCCAACAAGCUAGAGCGGCUGAAUUGGAAAGGAAACGGGCCGCCGAGGCGGCAGCGGCGGCAGCAGCAGCAGCAGCAGCAGCAGAAUCUCCAGCCGAGCCGAACGGCACUAUACAGCAGAAUUCGGAACAGGAGAUCUCGCAGGAAGGGGAAAGCGCUUUGCAGGACGCGAAAGAGGAGGAUAUCAAGUCGCCCAACGAAGCCUCCUCGUCGGAACCGGCCCCUGCGCCUGUGAUUGAUGAUACUGCCGCCCCAACUUCUACAGAGGCACCACAGCUACCGCAGAUCGGAGGGGACAGAGAAGGCGAAGGCGAUCAGGGAGUUGGUACGUCUUUUUUCCGUGAUUCUAUGAGUGAGACUGGUUGAUGGCAUUUCCACGGUGUAAUGCGACUACAAUUUCUGAUUCAACUUCUGAUUCAACGUUGGUUGAAGUCUCAAUCUCGAGCGUUUGUGGAUUUUGGUACUGAUUUCUGCGAUUCUGUAUUUGAUAGAUUCCUCUUCUCCCACUGUCGGCGCUGAAGCGACUGAGGACGGAGCCAAAAAGGACGCGAGCGACGAUCACGAUCACGAGAAAGCCACACAGGAGGACAACAAGGCGAGUGGGAAUUGGUGGCAGCCCGCUGUCUUUUCCAGCUGAAAACUUUUAAACAUUCAUUGUCAAAGGACCUGUUUUCUGGUUGUUGGUUUGCAUAAUCUGGCAGGCGAGGAGUUGUGGACCAUGAAUGAUUCUUGUUUUGUGCGUGGAUACAGUUCUGACAUAAUUUUGCCCCUGCCCUCCGGCGGACAAUUUCGAUCUUUGGCUUUUUUGAUGCUCUCAAAA